AUGCAAGAAUUGAAAGAUGAGAUUGCGCAGAAUAUGAAACAGGACAACGAUAAGGACGACGGCAUAGCAGAAACAUUGUGCAGUACGCAUGGAACAGACAGCGAAGACGUGACUCCAGACGACAUAGCUAGGUGUGCACUACUUGCACGAAUAAUGUUUUACAUGGAAGGGUUAAACGGUCAGGGUUCCACAGUCGCUCAAGGACGGGAUAACACCAAUAUGCAACAGAUAGAGGAAGGGAUGAAGUGUAUAAUAGGCAGUGUAUAUAUAAAGAAAAUAAUGGAGCUGUCAUGCUGGGGCGACGAUAUUCGAGAACAUGCUCUGAAGGCCGUGGAACCGCAUGUACAUGCAAUGCUACCAGGACGACCAAGCAGAAGUAGCAAGUGUGUGAAUUGGGAUUUUGGGCGUACUUGCGUCGGAUUAUUUCCGCUUGAAGGGAGAAUUACCAAAUGGAUGUUGAGCGAUAGUAUUGUUACGCAAAGCGUGAAGGACGCCGCAUUCGGCACGUCCUGUUCAGGACAGGCCUGGACACAUAGGACACAGGACAUGAGGGCACAGGCUGCUGCGACAGGCAUACAUGGUACUCAAUGUGCGGGCAGUCCACGUAACGUACAGUUGAAUGGUAAGAGCAUGCUGCGUAGAAUGAAUAAUCAUCAUCAGCAGGCCGCAAGGCAGCAUAUUCAUGAGAAUGGCGGCGGAACGAAAAAGUGGAAUGGAACAGUGGGCCCAGGGGCAACAGCCGAUGGAUGGCGCGGCGGCGGUAAACCAGGACCGGGAUCGUCCACGAAACCAUCAGCAGCUAAAGCGGCCGCACCUGCCACACCAGCACCAGCCAACCCGGUCAACACCGGAGCAGCACCGGCCAAACCAGUAGCGGCGACACCGGCAACAGCGGUGGCAACGAACGACGGGAACACGCAGAUAACGGGAGCUACUGAUGGUGUUAAAGCAAAGGACACCCAAGCAGACGAUUGUCCGGGGGACAAAGUCUGGGAGUGGACAGAGAGGGAAAUAUAUGUGCUGCAGGGUUAUAGUGCUGAAGACUGGAACAAGGUACAGAAGGUGUUGAAGGAAUUUAUUCAACAUUUGCAGGGCACAAAUGAGCUCUUUGACGCGUACGGUGCCAACUGUGAUAAUAUAGGUUGGGAAGAUAUGAGGCCUGGUCAAUACCACAAAGGCCAGAGAGUGGCAGAUAUGAUGAGGUGCAGGAUAAUGUCGGGAGCCUUGUGGUUUGCAAAUGGCGCUAACGCACAAGGGACCACGGUGCAUAUGGAUGACACGGACACGUGGCUACGGUGCGAGGUAGCACAUGUAUUUGGGCACUUACUGAAAAAAAUGUAUUGUACGGAUCAGCAAGGAUGGAGUAGAGGUGUAGAGUAUGCAUAUACAGCACUGCAAAAUAUGGGGCAACAAACAAAUGGGGUAGACGGAAUUAAAGGACCCGUUGUGGAGGGAAAGUGCACCAUGUGUGGGUAUACGGGCUAUAAGCACAAUGCGCAAGCAGUAAAUUUGGAAAUAGCACAAUGGUUGAUGGCAGAAGGAAACAUAUUGUCAGAAAUACAGCAACUAGAGGCGGAAAUGCCCUGUUCGGAGUAUUGGGAAAAGUAUAUUAAUAAGGAGCAUGUAGAAAAAGGGAACCCUAUGGACAAACUUUUGAACGAAAAAGGGAAGGAAAAAAUGAAGGAUAUAAAGAACGAAAUAGUACAGAAAGCAACGAAGGUGUUUGAUAAGGCGAAGGACGCAGUAGAAAAGAAAAUAACACAACUGGCAGGUUCGAAUACGACUCCGAAGAAGACCAACAAAAACGAGGGAAACAGUGACAAGACGACGGCAGCGGACACGGGCAGUGCACAGGGACCUACCGCAGCAGGGGGAAGUCCAAGUCAGGGAAAAGGAGUAGCAAGAUCAGAGGAACCUGCGGAACCACCUGGCCGUCCUAGUGGAACAGAGGAUCAAGCACCCAGAUCACCAGCACCGCCAGAACCGCCAGAACCGCCAGAACCGCCACGUCCUGCAGCGCCCGCUCCAUCGGGGACUUCACAAGGUGAGCAUGAUGUGGACCAGAUACUGAGGGAGCUUGACGAACAGGAGAAAGCACGACUUGCACGUAUUAGUACUACGGGCCGAUUCGAGGGUGAGCACCUGGUAAACGUGAUUCGUCCAGGAGAUACCAGCUGGAUUAGCAUAAAUCACGAUGUUACUCAGGUUACACCAAGUACGCAACCGGAAGGAUCAGGGGUGCACCCUGGGCAGGAACACGUGCCAGCUUCAUCUGAACUACAACCAGAGGCAAAACCAGCCGCAUCAGAGACAACAAAAACAUCACCCGCAGCAACGACACUACCAACAGGAACAGGAGCAGAUUCGACUACGGACAAUAAGGAGAAAUCAAAGGAUCCCAGAGCUGCAGGAACUGCACACAGCCCCGGUGACCAAGUGGUAGAUGGCGGCAACGAUGACCCCCCUCCUCUCAAUCCACCCAAACCAAAACCGAACCCGAACCCAGAUCAGGCGGGUGUCGGCGGCAACGGCCCCGGCGUCGAACCGCCCACAGCAGGUACUGAACAGGGUGGAGGAGGAGGCGCAGGUGGGGGAGGAAGUGGAAGUUCCUCAUCCUCAGGAUCCGGUUCUACGGGUCACCAAAAUCCUGGUUCCUCAGGCACUGCCUCCACUGGGGAUCACAAACCUGAUCACGAUGUUACUCAGGUUACACCAAGUACGCAACCGGAAGGAUCAGGGGUGCACCCUGGGCAGGAACACGUGCCAGCUUCAUCUGAACUACAACCAGAGGCAAAACCAGCCGCAUCAGAGACAACAAAAACAUCACCCGCAGCAACGACACUACCAACAGGAACAGGAGCAGAUUCGACUACGGACAAUAAGGAGAAAUCAAAGGAUCCCAGAGCUGCAGGAACUGCACACAGCCCCGGUGACCAAGUGGUAGAUGGCGGCAACGAUGACCCCCCUCCUCUCAAUCCACCCAAACCAAAACCGAACCCGAACCCAGAUCAGGCGGGUGUCGGCGGCAACGGCCCCGGCGUCGAACCGCCCACAGCAGGUACUGAACAGGGUGGAGGAGGAGGCGCAGGUGGGGGAGGAAGUGGAAGUUCCUCAUCCUCAGGAUCCGGUUCUACGGGUCACCAAAAUCCUGGUUCCUCAGGCACUGCCUCCACUGGGGAUCACAAACCUGGUUCCUCAGGCACUGCCUCCACUGGGGAUCACAAACCUGGUUCCUCAGGACCCGGUUCCACUGGACACACGAAUAAUGAGAAUGUUGGAGCAAAAGGAAACCAGGAGGAGAAAUUACCUGCGGAUGCACCCAUCACCCCUUCCCUGUUCCCGGAAUUAAAAUGGGAACAUGUCAAGCCGCACACCCCCGCGCUCAUUCCCGCGGUGGUUGGUAUUGGCAUCAUUGCCUUUUUCCUAUGGAAGUACUUUGCGUACCUCGGACAAAAACGACGACGAAAGUUUCGAACCGUUCGUGACGUGCCGUCACCGCCACUCGACGAAGAAAUAUUGGACCAUCUACAACGCGGCGAACUGCCGCCACCCGAUUACGGGUACACGAUGAUUCGGGAUAGGCAACCUGCAUCUGCUGCCGAACGACGACCACGUCAUACACGCGUGCAUAAGCGCACCAUCAUCGAGCUACACUUAGAAGUGCUCAACGAAUGUGAAGCGACCGAAUGGGAAAACGUCAAACACGACUAUUUGCAAAUACUCGUUGAAGAGUUUAUGGGGGGCAACAACACGUGUACAAGUAGCUCGCAUGUCUGUACCCCAGACGACGGUUUAGCCACCCAGCACUCAACAAAACACGCCGCUUCACCCACGCCGGAUACACCCACGUAUUCCGACGGAACGCAUGUAUUCCGACCUAACGCAGAGCACCCCGAUCCAUGGAAGUGCAUGGAAACUACACAGUUAGCAACGGAACCUUGUCCACCACAUGACUCCGUCCUCUGUCCAGUUCGUGCGAAUGCGAAUUCGGCCCCUGACCACACUAAUUGGAUUAACUGGAUUGACCGCAACAAACAUAUUCUGCGGGCGUGCACGACGCAGCCGUGGUUUUUGCAAUUAAAAGCGGAAUGGAAACAAUACCUGCGUGAGCACAUGGCGGAACGCGCACACAACGGGCAGCGUGCACUCGGUGAGCGUGGCCAUAUGCCAUCCGUAGAGAUGAAGAAAGAUGCCUGGAAAAAGUGGGUCGCACAGCAACAUCGGCACAUGCGUAUGUAUGGCCAGGAGGCGUGGUUUAAGCAUUUGUUAGAAAAUAUCGCGGAGGAGACAGCAUCGCAAAAAGGCGAAGUACCUCGAGUAGAAACACACUUAGAAGUGGAAAAAGUAAUGGGAACAGCAGAUAUACUAAGAGUGAGAGAUGUACCACGGACGCAAGCACUGCAUCCGCAACCUCAUAUAAAAAAACCGUUAACCGGCCUCAAAUUGUGCAUGCUCCUUCUCGCGUUCGUAAUCGAACAGUGCGAGAUCGAAUGUCGCUUGCAAGAGAAGGAGUUAUAUGUGGAUGCCCUAUUGGAAAAGCUCUGA